AUGUCCUUCCGGAAGCGCAAUGUUGCGCUUUCAAGUAAUACAGAUCCAGCAGUCAAACUAUCGCAGACGCCCUCAAGGCCACAACUUCCAGGAGUGAAGCCGUCUUCCAUCGACGGUCGCCCUGUAACCUCAACAGGCACUGCCACUCUAGAUGGGCUUCUCGCCGGUCAUGGUGGCCUCGCACUCGGCUGUUCUCUCUUACUAGAAGAGAAUGGAACGACAGACUACGCCGGUGCGCUGCUGAAAUUCUAUGCCGCAGAAGGUCUUAUGCAGGGUCAAUAUGUCCAUGUCUUGGGAUUGCCGGAUCACUGGGCCAGGGAAUUGCCCGGUGCUGUCAGUGAUUCAGAGAGGAGAGAAAAGUCCAGUGACAGAGGCGAUAAGAUGAAGAUUGCCUGGCGUUAUGAGAGUCUCGGCCAAUUCGGUACUUCGACCGCAGGCGCAAGAGAGCCUCUCCGGUCGGCAGCUGCAGCGACUGCUGCUGACAGCACUACCUCGCCGAGUGCUUCCACACCCUUCAACCACACGUUCGACCUCACGAAACGCCUCACCCCGCCCCCCAACUUCUCUGUUACUUUCCACAGCUUUUCUUCUGGCCCAGGCGCGUCACCUUUCGACCAGCUCCUCGCCUCUCUCACAGCGUCCCUGAAUACCAAUAAUACCAUUCCACACCGGCUCAUCAUUCCCUCUCUUUUAUCGCCACUCCUGUACCCACCCUCGGCCGGCCACCCCCACAACCUUCUUCCCUUCUUCCACCAGCUUCGCAGCCUUCUCUCCAAACACCCCUUGACAAUAUUGACAUCCAUGCCACUUCCUCUCUCCCCCAGAAUCACCGGCCUCACGCGCUGGAUCGAGCUCCUCCACGACGGCGUCAUCGAACUCUCACCAUUCCCACACUCGGCAGAAGGACUCGCCUCCACCAGCAAGAGCAAGGACGGCAGCGGCGAAGAGCCUCCUCAGGGACUGUUGAAGAUACAUCGUUUACCUGUGCUAGCGGACCGGGGUACGGGGGUGAGACCGGCCGAGGAUGACUGGGCUUUCACGCUCAGUCGCCGGCGGUUAAUGGUAAAGGAGUGGCGAUUAGGUCCUGUGGAUGACGAUGGCGGGGGAGCAGAGCAUGGUGAGGGGGGUGGUAGUGCUGGAGAAGGGAGUAAGAAAGGUAUGGAGUUCUAG